CCAUGAUGCAGGGCCUCCAUAUGGUUUGUGGGGUCCCGGUUCUGGGUACAAAGUAUCCAUUAAGCAUGGCUGAUUUCCCCACUGAGCUGAUGGCUUCUGUGGGAUUCCAGGGGUGGACUGGCUAAUUUCAAGACCCCUACUCUCCGCAGAGCAAUGGUGGACUCCUCUGGGAGUUUAAGAGUAGAAGUAGCUGGGGAGGCCUGAGGACAACAUUUAUGUUAAUGGGCAUCUAGAGAGGUGCCCUAAGCAGGAGGAGGCAGGUCAGUGUGGGCCUGAUGGGCAGAUAGAGUGUUCCUCCCACCCUCAAUGAACCAUAAGAAGUGACAGGGCCUGUGGGGGCAAGACUGGCAGGCCCUGAGCUCCAGUUGAGCAAGUUUCAAGUCUCCACCAUCAGAACAGCCCUCAACCCCUAUGAUUUCCAGGUGCAGCUUGGCCCAGCCCAGUCCUGGCUGCUGCCUCCAGGGCUUAUGGAGGUUUCCCCAGUCAGUGUUUGCUCAGAACCCCGGACCAUUGUGCCUUUGGAGAGGUCUAUGAGGAACAGGGAUAUUGCCUCCAGGAACUGCCUGCUAAACUGCAGUGGACCCACCCAAGUGGCCAAGAUGGGGGACUUCAAGAUGGCAAGAGAUACCUACAGGUUAGGUCUUUCAGGGUGCUGCUCUGGGAGACCUUCUCACUGGGCUACAAGCCCUACCCUGGGUGCACCAAUCAGGAAGUGCUGGACUUUGUCUCAAAGGGGACAGAAGGACUCUCCCAGGGGCUGUCCAGGCCUGUGUGAGUAUGGAGUGCUGCCUCGGGUGGGAGGUCUUUCACAGCCAUGGGCAGGCAUGAACUUUGCCUCUCCUCAGGUACCAUACACAUCACCAUCCAGUGUUGGCAGCACCAGCUUGAACUCCACCCAUUUUUCCAGCAUCUCGGAGCACCUUCCACGCUGCACUCAGGACUCUGAUGUGCUGAAUUCACCCCUUCCGAUGGAACUGGGGCCCAUCCUAAAGGAGGAAGGGACUGAGCAGCCCAUCUUUGAGGGGCCCAAGAUUCCCACAGACCCGGGAAUGAGUGUGGAGUGCAUAAAAGAGCUGAGGAGGAAGCCUCCUUAGCCCCUGGCUGCCCUAUGGCCUCAAGCCCCCCAAAUCCAGGGGUCUCCAACCUCAGAACCUCUGGUUCCCACCUGUGGUUCCUGGGCCCCAAAGGGCCCUGAGGGUGAGGACUCUGGUGCUGAUGUAGUAGUUCCUCCUUGCACUCCUCCCUAGGCUUCUAGGUGGCUGGUUUCUAAGUAGCCUCGGUGCCCACAGUCUGCUGCCUGUCGGGCCUGUCUCAGAGCCGGCCUAGCACCGCUGAACUUUCCACCCUGGAAACCAGCCUCAGGCCUCCUGAGAAAGCCUGGCCACUCCCAGCCUUUGAUAUUUGGGACCAGAGGCUACCUUCCUCCACCACUACUUCCUGCCCCCCCCCCCCGGGGGGGGGUAGGUGGGAGUUGAAAUUGCCUCCUGCAGGAAGCCUUUGCUUGAUUGCCUUUACCCAUGGGCAGCCUCCAUCUGGGUGGUCCCCACCCUGCAGAGCCUCUAAUAAGAGCUCUUCUCAUAUCCUUCAGUGAUCUGGGUGCAUGUGACGGAUGCUAGCGAACUGAGAAAGAGGGGGACUGGAGGAGGGAGGGAUGAGGCUUGAGUCAA